AUGGGUGUGGAAGAUGGUUCAUUUAGAAAGCCAGGUGCAGUUCCAUUCAAGUGGGAGAUAAAACCUGGUGUACCAGUACACCACAACCAUCAUAACUACCAUAACCACCACGACCACCAAGAACCACAGGUUCUGUCACCGGAACCGCCAUCGCCAAAGCUCAGGCCACCUCCGGCAGGGUUAUAUCCAUGUUCCCUGGCUGAGCCGCGGACCAGAUCAUUUCGGUCGAGUCCGAGAGUACGGUCCGAACGGUGGAGGUUCGACCGGCCGCUUAUUACCCGACCGGAAACCGUGUCGGCGGGUUGCUUCUUCUCGCCAUUGCUAAGGAGAUUGUCGAGCAAGAAGGCGGGUUCGAAACGGUUUGCGAAACCCGAUAAGGAAUCUCAAAGUGUUUCGGAGCUCGAGACGCUUUCGCGGUGGUCGUUAUCGUCGAGAAAGUCGUUAUCGCCGUUUCGGGUUUCGACGUCGUCGUCUUCAGUUGCAUCUUCGCCCCGACUCGUUGGCGAUGCUGAAUGGGCCGGGUUUGGGCUUUUCUGA